CUCGUGUUGAGCAUUCAUUCAUCCAUUCGAUCAUUCAGAUUCUCUGACUUGAACUUGAACCACCAUGAACUCCUUCGCGACCGCUGUUUUUCUGUCAAGUCUGGCUGUGGCCUUUGGACAAGGCUUGAGCCAAUAUGGGAGCGGUGGGAGCCAACCCAGCAACCAAUACUCCAACGGAGGUGGCAGCGGAUCUGGAUCUGGUAGCUUUGGUGGUGGAUCUCACCAGGGAAUGCCUUACGCCUAUACCUAUGAGGUGAACGCCCCCGAAUACGGCAAUGAAUACGGCCACCAAGAGCAAUCUGACGGUCAAAUUGUCCGAGGCAGUUACAGGGUGGCUCUUCCCGAUGGACGGAUUCAAACCGUGUCAUACACUGCGGAUCACGAGAAUGGCUACCAAGCAACUGUGGAAUAUCAAGGAGAGGCAUCCUUCCCCGAUCAACCCAGCCGACCCAGUGGAGGCAACCAAGGAUCCUACUCUCCAGCUCGACCUUCAUCCAGCCUUCCCCGAUACAGUUCCAGAAAGUAAAUGUCGAGACGGCCUUCCCUGGACCCUAUGAUGCCAUCCUGUCCCGUGAAAUUAUUUAUUGAUAAUUAAUAUUGAAUCCGAUGAUGUUUUCAUGAGCUUUAAGCUGCGCUUUUAGCCUUGAGAGUCAAAUUAUUCUUGGGAAUUAAAAUCACUUUUA